AAUUGAGUUUCUGAAUUCUUCUUUAUUAAGCAAGGGGCAGAUUUUUCUCAUAGACUUUGCAUACCUUGUAUAUCUCUCAUUCCACACUUUCCAGGAAAAAAGCUUCGAAUUUUCCUCCAAACCACCACUCCCAUUUUUUUUUAUACAAGCACAACUUCUCAAUCUUGUUAAGCAAAGAGAAUGGGGCAGCAGCAAUCCAAAGACGAGCUGCUGUAUCAGCAAGUGAAUUGCGGUAACACAGAAGGAAUCAAAGCUCUUUGUAAGGAAGGCGCGGGCCUCGAGUGGAUUGAUGGAGAUGGUAAAACGCCAUUGAUAUUAGCGUGUCUGAAUCCUGAGCUCCACCAUGUGGCUAGAACUUUGAUAGAGCUCGGUGCUAAUGUUAAUGCUUACCGGCCUGGUCGUAAUGGCGGGACUCCUUUACAUCAUGCAGCAAAAAGAGGCCUUGAUAGUACUGUUAAGUUACUUCUUUCUCAUGGAGCAAACGCAUUUGUAUUGAAUGAUGAUUGUCAAACUCCACUUGAAGUUGCUAGGGCUAAAGGCUACAAUGAUGUUGUUCGUACAAUUGAGAAUCAUAUUUGCUUAUUCUCUGGUUGGAUGCGGGAAUUCUAUGGGCCAGGAUUUCUAGAAGUGCUAGCCCCUCGGUUUGUUUCCAGAAAAGUUUGGGCAGUUAUCUUACCAAUUGGUUCCCGUCACCCUAUUAGGCCUUUCAAGUUGGAGCUUGCCAUAUAUUCCAGUUCACAGGAUGCCCAACCACGUACACUGAUUGCAUUGUGGAAAGCUAAUUUGGAGGAACCAAAACUUCACCAUUCUGAUACUUCAGUGAUAAUCGUCAACAAUGCCACCAUCCCAAGAGGCAGGAGGAGGAGACGAGCGAGGCAUAGGCCUCAAACAGUUAGGCAAACACGCAUUAGACUUGCACCUGCAAAUGAAGGUGAUAAGCAGCAGCUUCAGUGGUUCUGUGAUGCAUGCAAAGGAAUUCCACAGGCAAUGCAUCCUCCUGCAUUUCUAAAUAAUUCUGAGUCUUCAACCAUUCAAGCAACAGCCCCUCCAUCUGGAGAAGAGUUAGAAUUAGCAAUGGCAAUCAAUGCCUCCAUCCAGUCUGCUAUGGCAGAGGCACCAGUUAAUGAUACUUACUCUGGUGAAGCAAGUGCUUCCACAAGUUGGAAUGUGCAUGCUGGCAGUCAAAGUGCUCCUCCUUCAAAAGCAACUAGUAAUUUUUGGACCGCAAAUGAAGCUGGCCCUGGUGGCAAUUCAACUCAGCAAGUGAUCCAGAAUACUAACAUCCCUACUGUGCAGACAGCUACUCAAGCCCUUGAUUCAGUCCCAUCAGCUACACCCAUCAUAGAUGAGAUUGUAGAAGACAGUCCAAUUCACUAUCCAUCAAUUGAUUCUAGUCCUAUUGAAAUGUCUUCCCCACCUGUGAACUUAACAGCUAGUACAGGUGAAAAGAGAGAAGAUGGUGCUUCUUCAUCUUGCAUUAUAUGUUUGGAUGCUCCAAUUGAGGGGGCAUGCAUCCCAUGUGGCCAUAUGGCUGGUUGCAUGUCUUGUUUAAAGGAGGUCAAAAGAAAGAAAUGGGGUUGCCCUGUGUGUCGUGCCAAGAUUGACCAGGUUAUAAGGUUGUAUGCUGUUUGAAUGUUCAAACAGAAUGAGAAAGCUGUUAAUGAUAAGUAUGCUUCAGGCACCUCAGAGAUUUUUUUUAUGCUUUUCUAUACACAUAUAUACGUUUAAUCCUUUGAUUUCACCCUGAAAUAUCUGAAUGAAUAUGUUUUCUUUUU